AUGCUGGACUGGAGAUUGGCGAGUGCACACUUCGUCCUGGUUAUGAUUCUGAUGCUAUGGGGCUCAGGAAAGGCGUUCUCCGUGGACGUAGCAACAGAGGCCUCUGAGUUUGGAGCCACGGGCUUGCAGUCACCACCCACAGUCAAGGAACAGAAGUCAGCCACUGAGCUUUCGUCUAAGCUCCUUCUUCUUGAUGACCUGGUGUCACUGGAGAACGAUGUAUCCGAGACCAAGAGGAAAAGGAGCUUCUCUGGUUUUGGAUCUCCCCUUGACCGACUCUCAGCUGGGUCUGUGGAGCACAAAGGGAAACAGAGGAAAGUAGUAGAUCAUUCAAAAAAGCGCUUUGGUAUCCCCAUGGAUCGGAUUGGUAGAAACCGGCUUUCCAGUUCCAGGGGCUGAUGGAUUCUCUUCCUGAGUUCAGUUCCAACAAGAAGCCCAUAGAUAUGACUCGUGUGAGAUGGCACAGACCUACAGAAGAUGCUUCAGUGAAGUUCUACACUACCGCUCCAGGUCAAGCUGUUAAGGAACUGACCUUCUGCAAACCUUCCCGAAGCUUGAACCUCAAUUCAUCACGUCGUAGUGUUGCCUUGGAUGUAGUUAAGUUGUGUAGACCAUUUCAGUGCAUGAAUACAUUUGGAGAUAUUCUGUAAUGAUUCAUAAAUUGUAACAUGACCCCAAACAUAUUUUUUAAAAUAAUAGUCACUAUUGUUCACUCUUCUGCCGUUAAUGUUUUCACAAUUCAGUUACCCAAUGUGCUUUCUAGUAACCCAGUAUUUAAUUAUCUGAUGAUGUAAAGAAAU